AUGGUGUUAGUCAGAAAAUUAAUCAAGAAAAAUUUAAUUUUAGGAAUAAGCGAAUCAGACAGGGCAUUUCUCGUUAAAACCGUCAGCAUCGUAUUCCACGUAGCAGCAUCGGUUCGUUUCGAUGAUUUUCUCCAAAAAGCCAUCAUCACCAAUGUCAGAAGUACCACAGAAAUCAUAGAUCUAGUCGAACAGCUAAAUAAAGUCGAUGUAUUCGUAUACGUUUCUACCGCAUACUCAAACUGCGAUGAAAAAACGAUCGAUGAACAAUUUUAUAAGUCAUCGUAUGAUUGGCGGGAUGCCAUCAGAUUGGCCGAAAGUACCGAGGAUGAUGUUAAGAAAAUCACUGAUAAUAUGACUAUGAAGUUUAUCGAACCUAUGCCGAAUACUUACGUGUUUACUAAAGGUUUAGCAGAAGAUUGCGUCAACGAACGGUGUCUUAAUAGAUUCCCCACUUGUAUAAUUAGGCCAUCUAUUGUAGCGCCAACUAUCGAAGAACCUGUGCAAGGGUACAUGGAUAACUUUAAUGGACCAAUUACCCUAUUUAUUGCAGGAGCAUUAGGUAUUGCAAAAGUGAUGCAUCUAGAUCCAGAUAAUAUUCUUGAUCACGUCUUUGUCGAUAAUGUUGCCAAAGUCACCAUUACAGCUUCUUGGAAACACGGAGUAGAGAAAACCACAGACGAUAUUAAAAUUUACAACGCAACUUCAGACUUUCUUUAUACGUCACGCCAAAGUAGUGAAAUUGGGUUUAGAAUUCAUACGAAGAAUCCUGUGAGAUAUUAUAUGGGAGUAGGACCUGUUACAAUGAUCAAAUGUCCGUACAGUUACUAUGUUUACAACCUGUUGUUUCAUUUCUUUCCGGCGCUUAUUAUCGAUCUGCUACUGAAACUUCUUGGAAAAAAAUUAAGUAUUUUAAGCCUUCGUCGAAAAUUAGUCGUUGCAAACAUGGCUUUGUUGCCAUUUAUGAUGCCUGCAGGGGGAGUUCCGUGGACAUUUAUAAAUAAAAACUACGUAGGCUUGGAAAGCACCUUAACUAAUAGGGAUAAAAAGAAUUUUUCGUAUUUACAUAAUAGGUGCAAAGGAGCGAACGACGAUGAAUUUGAAGAAUAUUUAAGAAUGUUUCUAGCAAAAACUCGUGUAUUUUUGUUAGAAGGUGAACGGGAACAAGCCUCCAAGGAAGAAUUAAUCAGAUAUAAUAGGUAA